CAAUCGGAUUACGGGCCAAGUAUCGUCUGUGGAGCUACGGAAGUACAGAGACGCAGUCAAAUUGACCACCUCGCACUUGCACGCUGAAUCUCUGACCUGUCAGAUCUUAACCUGCGAGCAUGGCGAUGGUUAGUACAUCCUCGGCGAGACCUUAUCAUAUCAUCAUAUUUGGAGCUUCGGGAUUUACAGGACAGUUUGUCAUUGAAGAAGUCGCACGGACAUCAUCGGAGGGUCCGAAGGGAACCUUGAAAUGGGCUAUCGCCGGGAGGAGUAAGCAAAAGCUGGAAAAAGUUCUAGAACAGGCCGCCGAAGUGCUCGGUAAGCCGGAGCUGAAGUCAGAGGUGGACAUUAUCGUGGCUGAUAUCGGGGAACCGGACUCCCUGGCUGCCAUGUGCAAACAGGGCGUGAUUGUUCUGAACUGUGUGGGCCCUUACCGCUUUUUUGGCGAGCCUGUGGUCAAGGCCUGCGUGGAGAGUGGAGCCCACACGAUUGACAUCUGUGGGGAGCCUCAGUUUCUAGAGGGGAUGCAGUUGAACUACCACAACCAGGCUUCAGAGAAGGGAGUCUACGUCGUCGGCAGCUGUGGUUUCGACUCCAUACCAGCCGACAUGGGUGUGCUGUAUACCAGGGACCAGUUUAAAGGCACUCUCACGACGGUGGAGAGCUUUCUGACUGUCGGCAUAGGACCUGAGGGGGGUUGCAUCCACGACGGCACCUGGCAGUCGGCCAUCUACGGCUUUGCAGACGGCCCCAAGCUCCGCGGCCUGAGGAAGAAGUUUGGAUACCAGCCCCUGCCCGUCGUGGGGGCAAAGAUAAAGAGGAGGAGUGCGCUGUUCUUCAGUAACGAGGUGGAGCAGUACGCUGUGCCCUUCAUGGGGGCAGACGUGUCCGUGGUGAAGAGGUCCCAGCGCUUCCUGGUAGAGGAACAUAAGGAAAACCCAGUGCAGUAUGGUGCCUACGCGGGCAUCGGCGGGGUCUCCUCCAUCGUAAAGCUUCUGUUCGCUGGCAUGAUGUUCUGGUUCCUGGUGAAGUUCAGCUUUGGAAAGAACCUUCUCAUUAAGUAUCCAGAGUUUUUCAGUUUUGGUAUGUUCUCCAAGGCUGGUCCAACCAGAAAGCAGAUGGAGGGGUCCUCAUUUCGCUUUGCCUUCUACGGCGAGGGCUACACCGAGGGACAGGACCCCAGCCAGGGGAAACCCAACGCCAAGAUCCGCACCCUCGUGCAAGGACCAGAGGCUGGAUAUGUAGCCACUCCCAUAGCCAUGGUCCAGGCCGCCAUCACCAUCCUGAACGAGCCAGAGUCCCUUCCUAAGACGGGAGGAGUGUAUUCUCCGGGAGCAGCCUUCGCCAAGACCAGCCUGAUCGAGCGCCUGGACAAGCAUGGCAUCAAGUUCUCCGUGGUCUGAGGGCCCAGCCCAGCCCCCCUCAACCCUCACCCCGCCCGCUCACAAGCAACCCCCCCCC